AUGUAUGUCUCGGGCAAAGACAAACUGGGUUAUUUGAAUGGUGAUUCUCCUGAGCCCCCUCCUACAUAUCCAUCUUUUAGACAAUGGAAGACCUAUGAUUCUACGGUGAAAGGUUGGCUUAUCAAUUCUAUAGACCCAGCCUUGAUACCAAACUUUAUUCGGUUUCCUACUGCCAGAGCCGUAUGGGAUGCUGUGGCAACGACCUUUUUUGAUGGAUCUGACACCUCCCAAAUCUAUGAUAUUAAGAGGCAGGUUUCUCGAUUGAAGCAAGGAGGUGGACCCAUCGAGAAAUAUUACAAUGAUCUUCAAGGGCUCUGGCGUGAGAUUGAUUUCCGCCGUCCUAAUCCUAUGCAAUGUCCGGCCGAUAUUCUGAGGUACAAUGCCAUUGUUCAUGAAGAUCGAGUUUAUACUUUUUUGGAUGGUCUCGAUGACCGCCUGGAUAAUGUUCGUGCUGAUGUUAUGAAGAUGGAUCCAUUUCCCACUAUUGAGCAAGCUUAUGCCCGAGUCAGGCGAGAGGAUAUGCGCCAAUCUGUCAUGCUCUCCACUCCUGUCGAGGUCAACUCUGGUUCCGCCAUGGUGUCACAGCGGGGCAAGGGUGAUCAGUUAGUGCUUUCUGCCCGGGGACCUCGCCCUAAACCUGGACAUUCUCACGAAGGAGAUUAUUGGGCGUGGUACUAAGAGGGAGGGGCUGUAUUUCGUGGAUGAAAUUACUUCUGGACGGACCUAUCAUUCUCGUGGACAGUUAGCUCAAGAGAAGGAACUUUGGUUAUGGCACCGUCGGUUAGGUCACCCAUCUUUUGGGUAUUUACGGCAUUUGUUUCCCAAGUUAUUUCAUGGUCUAUCGAACUCUAGUUUUCAGUGUGAUACAUGUAUUUUGGCAAAGAGCCAUCGCACUUGUUUUCCUCCCAGUUUGAAUAUAAGUUCUGCUCCUUUUUCCUUAA